AUGGCGAGGAAGGUCCAGCUUGUGCUGGCGAUACUGUUUGGUUUUGUUGUCCUUCAGUUAUGUCUCUCGCAUCUCGGUCAGUCCGACGACCCUCAGGCCAAAUGGGUAGACCUGUCGUCCUUCCGCACGUACUCCUCCAGACAGAUCGUCGAACAGGCGCCAAUAACUCCGGAACAAGACUUAGGAGAGCUGGAGGACUUGGUCAUUCAACAACAAGAUGACGAGCUCGACCUCGAUACGCCCAUUCUCGAUGAGAACAACAACCUCCAGCCACGGCCCAAAAUCGCCAAAGUCACCAUGCUCUACGGCGACACGUAUAGUGAGGCCUACGAGCGAGCCCUGGAAUCCCACUCCCUCCACGCCGACAUGCACGGCUAUCCUCUAUUCGUGCUGCGUCAGAAAAUUCUUGGACGCCUAUGGACCAAACCUGCCUGGCUGUUGGCCGUGGUGCUCAACGAGCUGGCCAAACCUCCGGAAGAGCGGCUCGAGUGGCUAUUCUGGUUCGACGCCGACACAUUUCUCCUGAACCCCAAGAUCCCUUUGGAUAUCUAUCUUCCACCCCCGGGCGUGGAAGGGGUCAACUUCCUCUGCGGGAACGACCAUAACGGGCUCAACGACGGCGCCUUCCUGCUCCGGAUCAACGACUAUUCCGUCCACCUGCUGGCCUCGUCACUUAGCGUCGAGACCUUUCGACCGACCGUGGACCUGCGCUACUCGGAGCAAUCGGCCAUCGAGCACGUGGUGCACGAGGGAGGAGUCUUCCGCCCGUGGGACGGUACGACUUAUCUUGACGGCUAUGCCGAGAUCCCGCAGCGGUGGUUGAACGCGUACAUGGGGGCACGAGACGACCACGGAAGGGCACUUCCCAGAAAGAAGCAGCAUCCCAACGGCGUGCGGCCGGGCGAUCUUCUGCUGCAUUUCGCGGGGUCUGGCGCCACCAAGGUCCAGAGAAUUAUCACCUUCGUCGAAGCGUACGAAAAGGACUCGUCCGACUGGGUCAAGGAGGUCGACCAGAUGCCUGAGCUGCUCACGGAAAUAUCCCAAUUCUGGGAGUCGUAUAGCAGUCGACAAAGCCAAGCCAGGGAAAGUAUUGACGGAGAUGUUUAUACUUAG